AUGCCGCGCCACCACCGCCGGAUCCUCUUCGAGUACGACGACGACCAUGGCGCCUGCGACCCCUGGGCCGGCUGCCCCUCGCCUCCCUCCCCGCCUCCUUACACCUUCCCUCCAACCCCAACCCCGUCCCCCUCGCCCUCGCCUUCCGAUUGGUCAUUCCUGAUCACCCCUCCCGUCCCGGGCUGCGCGCCGGCCCCGUCCCCCGAUCGCCAGCCCGCCGCAGGCCGCAGAAACCAGUGGGCAACAAACACCUACCCUCCCUUGCCAGUCCCCGCCCCGACCGGCGGCGGCGACGGCCACCACCGCCGCUUCGUCACCAACGUCCUCAUCGCCGCGGCGGCGCUCGCCUUCCUCUCCCUGAUCCUCUUCGGCGUCUCGGUCGCCGUCCGCCGGCGGCAGGUACGGCGGCGGCGCAGGCAGGCCCUCCUCGCCCCGGCGCCCGCCGCGACCACCAACGACCCGGAGGGCGGCGGCGGGGGCGGCGGAGGCGUGGUGCACCACGUCUGGUACAUCCGGACCGUCGGGCUCGACCCGGCCGCGAUCGAGUCCAUCGCCGCCACAAGGUACCGCGCGGGGGCGCCCGGGCUCCUCGGCAAGGCCGACUGCUCCGUCUGCCUCGGCGAGUUCGCAGAUGGAGAGCUCCUCCGCCUGCUGCCCAAGUGCGGCCACGCGUUCCACGUCCCCUGCAUCGACACUUGGCUCCGCGCCCACGUCAACUGCCCGCUCUGCCGCUCCGACGUCAUCGACACCGCCGCCACGCCCGCUGCUAUUGGAGUCGAGGCCGAUCCAGUAACUGAUCCAGUUGCGAACGCCAACGCCGCAGCCGAGCAACUGGCUGCCGCGAGCGAUCCAACGCUGGAGCAGGAAGACGAGGACAACGACCAAGAAGCAUCGCACGUUGCAGAAGACCAGCGCGACCACCAACCCAGCUCGCCAGAGCCAUUGCCAUUGCCAUUGCCGCAGCCCCCGUGCCCGCUCGCGCGAAACAUGCGGCGCGCGGCUUCCAUGGACGCGGCGAUGGUCUCGGCCGCGGCGGACGUCGCGGCGUUGGAUCGGCUGCCGGAGGCGGCCCCCGAAGGGGAGCAGAGCGACAGGGAGAAGGACCUGAGCACCGAGACGCCCGCGCCCGCCGCCGGUCCCCCGAGGUUCUUCUUCUCGCGGCAUUGCCGUGCUCGGAGCUCUGUGCUGCCCUUGUGACGGCCGGCCACCGAGAUCCCGGGCUGAAUUUUGAUCCAGUGCUGCUAAUAACGUGCCGUCAUCAGUAGUGGCUCCAUGUGUGUAAUAUACUCCUUGCUACCUGUAAUCUCAAAACUGGUGAUUACAAGUUUAAACCCCGGAAUGCAGUAAAGAGAAACCUGCAAUCGAUAAGUUCAUACA